AUGGGUGGAAGUAAUAAUGUUUUAGAUUCAUUGACAAAGGGUUUGGUUUUGAAUCCAUUACCUGAACAUCCAGCUUACGAUACCUCUGUGCCACAUGCACCAGGUCGUCCAAUUAAUCUAUCUGAAAAUGAAAAGAGAUUGGCAAUAAAGAAUUCACUUAGAUAUUUCCCAGCUAGUUUACAUCAACAUUUAGCACCAGAGUUCUUGGAGGAACUCAAUAGAUAUGGACAUAUCUAUAUGUAUAGAUUCAGACCGGUCAACUAUGAAAUGAAAGCCUACCCAAUCGAUCAAUAUCCUGCUAAAUGCAAGCAUGCCGCUGCAAUCAUGUUGAUGAUUAUGAAUAAUCUCGAUAAGGAAGUAGCUCAAUUCCCACAUGAAUUGAUUACCUAUGGUGGUAAUGGUUCUGUUUUCCAAAAUUGGGCACAAUAUCAUUUGGUUAUGAAAUAUCUUUCAGAGAUGACAGACAAUCAGACUUUGUCAAUGUAUUCCGGACAUCCAAUGGGAUUGUUCCCAAGUAAACCAUCGAGUCCAAGAGUGAUCGUUACCAAUGGUAUGGUGAUUCCAAACUACUCGUCGAGAGCUGACUACGAGAGAAUGUAUGCUCUCGGUGUAUCGCAAUACGGACAGAUGACAGCCGGUAGCUACUGCUAUAUCGGUCCACAAGGUAUCGUGCAUGGAACCACUAUCACACUGCUGAAUGCCGGUCGUAAGUAUAUGGCGAGUGACGAUCUCCGUGGAAAGUUGUUUGUUACCUCUGGUUUGGGUGGUAUGAGUGGUGCUCAAGCCAAGGCCGCUGUGAUCUGCGGCGCCGUCGGUAUCGUUGCCGAGGUGAAUAUCGACGCUGUCAAUAAGCGUCAUGCUCAGGGUUGGGUGUUGGAGGUGUACUCUGAUCUCGACAAGCUGAUCGAGCGUAUCAAGUCUGCCAAACAAGAAAAGAAACCAAUGUCCAUUGCCUAUCAUGGAAAUGUCGUUGAUCUCUGGGAGAAGCUGGUGGCGUCGGACGUCGAUGUUGAACUCGGUUCCGAUCAGACAUCGCUACACAACCCAUACAACGGUGGUUACUAUCCAGCGGAGAUCACAUUUGAGGAGGCAAACACAAUGAUGGUUAAGGAUCCAGUGAAAUUCAAAUCACUCGUUGAAUCGAGUUUGGUGCGUCAUGCCGAUGCCAUCAAUAAGCUAUCGAAGCGUGGAAUGAAGUUCUGGGACUACGGUAAUUCUUUCCUCUUGGAGGCAUCACGUGCCAAAGCCGAUAUUUUCAAGCCAAACUCCAAGGAGUUCCGUUACCCAUCCUACGUACAAGAUAUCAUGGGUGACAUCUUCUCACUUGGAUUCGGUCCAUUCCGUUGGGUUUGCACCAGUGGUAAUCCAGCCGAUCUCCAAAAGACAGACGACAUCGCACGAGAAAUCAUCGAAAAGUUGAGAGCUGAAGAUAUUCCAACCAAUGUUCACCAACAGUUCAAUGAUAAUCAUUUGUGGAUCACUCAAGCCGGUGAACAUAAGCUGGUUGUUGGAUCACAAGCACGUAUUCUCUAUUCCGAUGCACUCGGUCGUGUUGAGUUGGCUGUUGCUUUCAACAAGGCGGUUGCUAGUGGACAACUCACUGCACCAGUAGUUAUCAGUCGUGAUCACCACGACGUCAGUGGUACUGACAGUCCAUGGAGAGAAACCUCCAAUGUUGUAGACGGCUCAGAGUUUUGUGCCGAUAUGGCUGUACAAAACUUUGUUGGUGACGCUCAUCGUGGUGCCACAUGGAUUUCACUGCACAACGGUGGUGGAACCGGUUGGGGUGAAGCAAUCAACGGUGGUUUCGGUAUGGUUUUGGACGGAUCACAAGACUCUGAGGAGCGAGCACGUAUGAUGUUGGCAUGGGACGUCAACAAUGGUAUUGCCAGAAGAUCGUGGUCAUACAACGACAACGCAGAGACAACCAUCCAACGUGCCAUGAAGAUCGAACCACUAUUAAAAGUAACAUUACCAAAUCACACUUCUGAUGAGACCUUGAAAUCCAUUGGACUUUAA